CGCUCCGACUGGAGUUCAGUCUGCUCCAGUUGCCAGUGCCACAGCACACUGAGAGACAGAAGGGGAGAGAAAUGGCUCCAGACCUGUUGAUAUCACAGCGAUGACCGACAGAAGCGCGCACAGAGUGGAUCGUACGCUGGAUUCCAGCUAGUUGGAGUUAAUGACAUUUGUUCACUGAAGUUUUGGAUUUGGCGUGACCGUUUUCUAAAUGCUGUCGCUGGGCAAAAUGCACUCCAGAGCAAAGUCGCAGAGUUGUGACAACUACCUGAGUAUUAAGGACGCGGAGUCUUUGGACAACUGCAUCCAGAACACCUUGUCGGCUCUGUACCGCCCCUUCACUGUCACGGCUGCCACUGUCCUCUGGCAGCUCUUCAGUGUGGUGGAGAGACAGUACCGCGGAGACGGCCUCCGCUGCCUCAUUGACUUCUUGCUUCCUGCCAAGAGGAUUCUGCAGAUCAUCCAACAAGAAACCUGCGUGAAGUUCAGAGGCUUGCUGUUCUAUCACGAGGGGUGGCCCCUCUGCAUCCACGAGAAAGUAGUCCUGCAGCUUGCCCCUCUGCACAAAGUCCGUCUAAAGCAAGGGGACUUCUACCUGCAGAUAGUUCCUUUAGGACGCAAGACUGCCAAGCUCGUGAUAAAAUGUUUGUCAUCCAGUGGGCAGGCCAUUGCGGAAAUCCCUAUCGCAGAGAGCAUGUACGGCAGCGUCUUCACAGCUGAGUUCCUGCAGAAUGUAACGCGCGACCGAAACCUGCACCCGCUACAGAACUGUCUGCUCACCACUGGUACCUCUGUGUACAGGACGCCGUGGAAGAACGUGGUCAACCCUCUGUUUGUCAGCAGCACGUCAGAAGCCAUCAUGCAGGCCCGCUGCAGCAGAGGCGGCUUCCGUGGCCACCUCAGCACCUGCAGCACAAGCGGGUCCACGGGGACGCUGGACAGCCACCGCAGCUCCAGAGAGUCCCUGCACUCUCAGGGAGCGGACUCCAUCUUCUCUGAGCCCGCUUCACCAAACACGGACCACAGGGACCCGAGCGAAGAGAGCCACGGCAACAGCACAACGGACCCUACUGCACCCCUCAUUAAGAUUGAAAGAGCCACUGAAGAGUGUGGGACAGGACAGGGGGAUGAGGACAAUGACUGUAAAGAAAGAGGGCCAGGGUCCAAGAUGCUCUCUUUCAGUACAGAUCUCAGUAACCCAAGCCCUCGGCGUCGCCUCCCGAGGGACUCUGUUGCCUUUGAGAGCAAGAGACUUUUUAGAAAAUCCUACAUGGAAGCCUUGCAGAACCCCAUGAGCCUUGGGUCCAGCUCUGAGUCCAUCUUGGAGGAAAGCCCUGAGCACAGUGCCGGCCUAAGCGAAAGAACAGUAACGGCCGUAAGUAGUGGCUCUGACACCCGAACCUCCUCCAGAGAACACUUGUCGAGAAGGCUGGGCGGCCGUGGAUGGCUCAGUGGUGAUGACUCCAGGCCCAGCACACCUUUGCUUUACUUACAGAGGGGGUUACGGAGUGCAGAGCGACGCUCAAAGUCACUGGAGAGGGCUAACAAGGCAGGCCAUGUCAAAGGGCACCGCGAACGAUCCUCCUCCGGAGGCUCGGCAAACACAUCGCCCAAAAAACUGAUCAACGGCUAUGCUCUUCGCUUUGGGAAGCUGGAUGUGGAAGCAGCUUUUCCUGGUUCUGAGAGAAGAAGCAGCAAAGAGGAGCCAGGGCAUCCUCAGGUGUGGUCUGCUGGAGAAGAGUCACAUAGUCCGAAAGCUGCCAAUGGGAACGCUGUCAGGCUGGCUUCAAUAUCGAGUUCCUCAUGUGACCUUAGCCCAGCCUUUCCCAAACUGGUGUCAGAGGUCAAUCAAGAGCUGCUCACGUCGGGUGCUGUGAUAUUGCCAGGAAACAGAGACCGCAGUGGGAGGGCAGUACUGCAGGUGUGCACCAGAUCUCAGGUGUGGCCAGGUGAGAGUUGCACGGUCAGUGAGCUCACCUGCUUACUGGGCUACUACUACUCCACACUGCGGAAAGAACGGCAGGAUCAAGGUCUGACUGUUGUAAUAGACAGCAGGAGGCAGCAGCCUGUUUCAGCUCUGUUGUCAUCUCUGGCUGAACUGCAGGCUUUAGUACCAAAUGCACUUUACUCAGUUCUCUUCCUGGGGGACAAAGAGGCUGCAGUGAAGCCUGAGCGAGACAUCGACGUGCAGACUGAGACGCUGUCAUCUCUGAAGGCCCUGCUGAAACACAUCGACCAAACCCAGCUCACACGGGAUUUGGAGGGAACGUUCCACUACGACCACAACCACUGGAUCCACUUCAGACAGAAAAUCGAACCGUUUGCCAGCAGUUGCAGUGGGGCCAUCGCCUCCCUUCAGGAGUCCAUCAGCACACUGAGCAAACGUGGCAACAUGAAGACGUCAAAGGAGGUGUCUGAGGCGAUGGAACAGCAGAGGCAUCUUAUGAAGCGUGUGCUGGAUGACAACCGUCUGAACAGACUGCGCCUAGAGGGAGGAACUGUGUUAGCCCGCAUCAGGAAGGAAGAGGCCUGUGAGAAUGAAAUCUACAGGGACACGAUAGACAGGUUAAAUGCGCUGUACAACCAAGUAGAUGAAGAGGUUCACGAGCUUGUGAUCCUCUCCAACAAGUCUCAGAAACAGUUGGAGAGCCUGCUGGAGGUGCGCAAGUUUGAGGAGCAAACGCAACAGAUCAAACUGUGGUUCAGCGUAGAGGGGGAGAAGCAGCUCGCACCUAUUGACUCUCUAAAUCUGUCUGUGACCAAAAUCAAGGAGAUGAGAGAGAGCUUGGAAAACUUUCUGGAGGAAUCUGUGCGCCAACAGAGACAUGGCCUGCGGCUUGUGAAAGAGUCUCCAGAGUCUCUUCCAGGCUCUGCUCUCUUUGAGUUUAAGCAGCAUCUGGGCUCCAUUUUAAGCAGAGUCGAGCAGAGGAAGGCCCACCUUGACAUCCUGAACAACCUUUAUGAAUUCUAUGACUCAGCAAACCAGUGGAUGGAACAUUGUCAGGAUUAUUUUCAUCACCUCAACUUGGACAGCUCAGGUGUUUCGCCGUCUGUGGUGCAGGUGCUGCAGGAUUACUGCAGUGAGGCAUCCAAGUUCUCCAUGGACAACUUCAGCACCCUCAAUGACAUGGUGCUGUCACUGGAGAGUCCUCAGCAGCUGGAGCAGUGGAACACUGUGUGGCACCAGUGUCAGCAAACCAAACAGCAACUAGAGGAGACUUUGGCCCAAGCCAUGACACCAGCACUGACCUCCACAGCUGUAGAGAUGAUGGCUUCCUUAAAAACUGCCGAGAGUCAGAUCGGCACAGCAGAACAACAUAGCGGUAAUAGUUGUGUGGUUUUACCGGGGCCGAUGACGCCCUUGUCUUUUGAGGAUAACAGGCCUCAUUCUGCUGGGCCUUUCUCCAAAAGCCCCUCCAGUUCAAUCUCCUCCUCCACGCACUUCGCGUUCCCUCCAGACUCUGACAGCAAACUGAGGCGGAGCCCGUCCAUGUUCGACGACACGGACAGCGACUGCACCAUCGACUCGACCAUAUCCUGUCACUCGGAGCCCGUCUACUCCGGGGCCGCCCGCCUCCGCAAGCAGCCGAUGAAGAAGAUCAUGAAGAAGACCAUGAGCUACGAGCUGACGCCGCGGGACAGCGGGCACUCGGAUGUCAGCCACAUUCACGGAUAUACGGGCGUCUACAUCAAGGGUUUGGAGGUGGCAAACAAUGUGUCUGCAGAGAAGAAGCUGCAGAGGCCGGAUGUGAUGAGCCCAGCGUUAGGACGGAGCCGCAGCAUGUCCACACCGUCCAGGGUUCAUAACAGACGCAGCGAUGGAGACGGAAAGAAACAGAGCAGUAAAGUGCAGCACAUCAUGGAUGAGAUGAUCUCCACAGAGAGGGAGUAUGUGCGCUCACUCAGCUACAUCAUCGAGCACUACUUCCCUGAGAUGGAGCGUCUGGAUCUGCCCCAGGACCUGCGGGGGAAGCGCAGCAUCAUCUUCGGGAACGUGGAGAAACUGUGGGACUUCCACACUCAGUAUAUCCUGAAAGAGCUGGAGUCGUGCGCUCACUCCCCGCUGUCUAUCAGUAGCUGUUUUCUCAGACACGAGGAUCAGUUUGGAAUGUAUGCUCUGUACAGCAAGAAUAAGCCCCAGUCUGACGCUCUGCUCAGCAGCCAUGGGAAUGAAUUCUUUAAGAAUAAGCAGAUGGAGCUGGGGGACAAGAUGGACCUGGCGUCCUACUUGCUGAAGCCCAUCCAGAGGAUGAGUAAAUAUGCCCUGUUGCUGAAAGACCUGAUAAAAGAGUGCAGCCAGUCUCAGGAGCAGGAGUUGAGGGACCUGCGCACUGCAGAGGAGUUAGUCAAGUUCCAGCUUCGCCACGGCAACGACCUGCUGGCUAUGGAUGCCAUUCGGGGCUGUGAUGUGAACCUAAAAGAGCAGGGUCAACUCCGCUGCCAGGAUGAGUUCAUAGUCUGGUGUGGACGGAGGAAAUACCUCCGCCACGUCUUCUUGUUUGAAGACCUCAUCCUUUUCAGCAAGACCAAGAAGAUCGAGGGAGGAUAUGACUUUUACAUCUACAAACAGUCCUUCAAAACAGCAGAGAUAGGCAUGACUGAAAAUGUUGGCGACAGCGGCCUGCGCUUUGAGAUCUGGUUCCGUCGGAGGAAGUCACAGGACACGUUCAUACUUCAAGCCAGCUCGGCAGAGGUCAAGGCCGUGUGGACCGCCAUCAUUGGAAAGAUCCUGUGGAGGCAGGCACUCAGAAACAGAGAGUUGCGCAUGCAGGAAAUGGUUUCUAUGGGGAUUGGAAGCAAACCUUUCAUGGACAUCAAGCCAAGUGAUGCAGCUAUCAGCGACAGAUCCAUUGACUAUAUAAUGAAAGGGUCAGAGUCCAGGACGAGAGCCUCCAUCGCCGUGUCCUCAUUUGAGCACUGCUCUUCAUUCAAGAGACCACACUCCACCAUCUCUAACAGCAGCACCUCCUCCUCCAGCAGCCAGUCGUCGUCCUCCCUGCUGGGCUCGCUCAAUCUCCACCUGUGCUCGUCCCCCUCACAUCCGCACUCGCAUCCAUACCCCGGUGUUCCCUCCUUUGCCCAGUGGCCCUACGACUGUAUAGAGGAGGACGAGCUGGAGCAGGACACUGGGAGCCAACCUUCUAUGAUCAUUGAGAGCUCAGAGACGUCCUCCCGCUGCACGUCCAGUGAGAGUGUAGCAGGGCUCAGUACACUCCCCAUACCUGUGCACCCUAACAUGGUCAUGGACUCCUACAACAACAAUGAGCCCUCCUCGUUUCUGCGCUCCUCCACACCUCCCUCUUCCAGUACGUCUCCUUCGAUAUUCCAGAAAGACGAAGACCUCCAGCCACAAGGCACCAAGUUCAUCACAGCAAGGAAGAUCUCUCAUGUAGCAGUAGGCCUUUCUACUGUGGUCUGACACAGAAGUGGGGGGUUUAGCUCACUGUGAAGUCCUCUGACUGAAUGCUACUUGAUGCCUCAGCAGUUUGUGUAUCCAGCGUCCAGCUUUCGCGGCACUAAAAACCUCAGUGGACGAAGUUCAGCUGUUUUGUUUUUUUAUUACAUUUCAUAUUUCAAAUUGGAAACGGACACACAAUAUACACUGUCAUGAUGGUACGUCAGUGGUCUGUACAUUUGUUUUUAAUGACCUAGGUAUGAAUCAGUGUUUAUAUUGUAGAUGAGUUGUUUUUUUUAUUAUUAUGUAUUCUACAAAGCAAACAAAAACAACAGACAGCAGGCAGAUGCAGUGUUAAACUGUCAUGUUUCUUUCGUUGCCAGUUCUGUGACAAGUUUGUACAGAUGAUUAAAAAUGUUUCAACCACA